CCAGAAACAAACAAUAACAGCAAAAUGAGCGGCCGCGGAAAGACCGGAGGAAAAGCCCGAGCCAAGGCCAAGACCCGCUCCUCCAGAGCAGGACUCCAAUUCCCGGUGGGCCGCGUUCACAGGCUGCUGCGCAAAGGCAACUACGGUGAGCGGGUCGGUGCCGGAGCCCCCGUCUAUCUGGCCGCUGUGCUCGAGUAUCUGACCGCUGAGAUCCUGGAGCUGGCCGGGAACGCCGCCCGCGACAACAAGAAGACCCGCAUCAUCCCGCGUCACCUGCAGCUGGCCGUGCGCAACGACGAGGAGCUCAACAAGCUGCUGGGUGGAGUCACCAUCGCUCAGGGUGGAGUGCUGCCCAACAUACAGGCGGUGCUGCUGCCCAAGAAGACCGAGAAGGCCGCUAAGGCCAAGUAGAACAACCCAGACACCCCGCUGCGCUGGAAACUAAACAACCAAAGGCUCUUUUAAGAGCCACACACUAAACUGGAAGAGCUCAGACUCAUGCUGACUUUACUAACAUCAUAAACACCCAAUUUUCUCAAACACAUUACUUAUAGAAUUAUGAAUAUUGUCUUAGUGGGACAAAUUACACUAAACCACCACUGACUUCAUGUUCAUAAAGUCACAUUUCAUUUCAUUCACCAGUGGAAAUGUUGGAAUAAAAAGUGAUUCUGGUUCUGAACUACAAUCUCAGCCACUUCACUUCUUUACCAAAGUCAAAUUUUUGGAUUAUACAAAUUAA